CUGCGCGUUUUUGGAUUCAGUUUGGGAAGUGUUCACGUUGAUGUGAUCGUUUGCUCUUUAAUUGUGUUCAUCAGAUGUCUUUGCGCUCACCGUCACGCCAAGUUACAGUGCGUUCUACUGUUGCUUCAACGUGGCGAAGUUGAAGGAUGAAAGUGCGCUGAAAAGUUAAAGCGCGUCCGUCGGUGGUGUCACCUGAUGGAUACGGGUGUUUAUGUUCAUCUUUACACAUGUGGAGAUGUUAUGUUGACGUAAGCGUGCGUUUAGUAUUCGGGGGACGUGAGGUCUGCUCUCUCACCAGACAGUGACGCGCGUCCAUGUGCUUGAUUCUGAGCGUGACUGUUUCAAUUUGAACGUUUUAACGUGGUUUCAUCCCGUCAGAAAUGCGUUUGGCUUCUGUUGUGUGAAGAACGUCGUAGAAUAGAUAUAAGUAAACGCUUGUUUUAUUUUGGUUGUCAGUCCGAUCUUUAAAUCAGAGCCUGCUUUGAGAUGCGUGUCACCGUCUCAAAAUGUAUUGAUUUUUAGCGAAGGUUUGAAUGUUUUUCUUUUAUUUGUUUCAUAAUAUUGAAAUAGACGAAUUUAACCGCCAACUUAUCACUCAGACAUUGCCAGUUAUAUGUAACUGUAAUAUAUAGUGAAAUCAUGAACGGGUGCUUUAACUUGAAUAGAUUCACGUGUACACACGAAUCAUUUCAAUCUUGUAUCGAUCAGUCUGGACUGGACUUUUAAGUGGUAUUGUAUUGGAAGAUGGCGUUAAUCACGGCUGUUGUUUAAUGCGAACAUGUGUUAAUCGUUUUACUCACUUCUUUGAUGUUUAUUAAAGUGAUGUACAGUUCGCGUGAAUGAACGUGCCGUCGUUGUUGCUCCUGAUGUCUCCUCGGUACAGUUGACUUCAAUGAAAACGCGUUUAUUACAAACUGAUCAUUCGCCCCUCUGUGUUCUGUAAAUAAGGGUGUGAAAAUAGCUUUCCGGGUGUGAUUCGCAUGCACACUACAGUCCGUUCUUUCGAUAGCUCGUGUCGGCCUUCAUCAUAACUUUCGCGUAUUUCAGUAGUGAAAAUGAAAAGCCCGUCACCCACAGCUAAGACGAGAGUCUGCCAUAGAGACUAAUGUGCGCGUCUGCUGUUCUCUGGAGCAGGUUGAUGUAAAAAAAAAGCACGAGAAACAUUUUAAUUUUCAAUGUCGUGAUAUUGAUUCAGAUACUUAUUAGAUGACCUGCUUGAGACUCUCUGCUUUUACUGAAAUGUUAUGGCGGAUCUUCUAAUUAUGUUCAGUUUAAAGUGCUUGUGUUAAAUGAUCUACUUAAAGACACGAGUAUUGCAAUGCGUUACAAGCGUAUGAUAGUUUUUGUUUAAUAUAGCGUUAAAUUGUUUUUCUUUCUAAGCAGAUUUUUCACAUUCCGAUUAUCGAGAGAAAACAUUUUGGCUAAGUAAUAAAUUAUGAUAAUGGUAAAUCUAAUGUGAAAUAUGGAUAUAAUUCUGAUGGUAAAUGUCCAUAUUCUGUUUGUUUUUUCACAGAUGCUUAUCUAUUGCAACAGCCCCAUUGACCUGUCACCUGACAUUAAUCUAAUACGUUUGAUUUAUUUUUAAAGAUCAGUGCUGUGAAUGUUUUAUUUCUGCGCAUUAAAGACUUUUAAAAGAUGGUUUUAGGCAUUUUAGGAGCUGUAUUGUGUCAUCCUCUGUUCUAAACUAUUCCUGGCAACAGCUCGCCUCGCUCUCCAUGCUCAGCUCAGUAUCCCUGUCUGUGAUGAGAAUACUGAAUAAGAUGCCAUUUCAUUUCAGGAGGCUGUUGAUGGGCUUUGUGAGAUUGACCUUAUCUUGUUUACAAAGAUAACUGAACAGACUGCUACGUGGAAAGCAAGACUCAUGAGUUGGCCGUGUGGAUUUCAGCGACGUUAUGGAUUUGACUAAAAUGGGUAUGAUCCAGCUCCAGAAUCCCAACCACCCCAAUGCCCUGCUGCACAAGGCAAACCAGAUGCGCCUGGCCGGCACGCUGUGCGACGUGGUCAUCAUGGUGGACAGCCAGGAGUUCCACGCUCACCGGACAGUGUUGGCCUGCACCAGUAAGAUGUUCGAGAUCCUCUUUCACCGCAACAGCCAACAUUACACUCUGGACUUUCUCUCACCAAAGACCUUCCAGCAGAUUCUGGAGUAUGCCUACACUGCCACGCUCCAAGCUAAAGUUGAGGAUCUGGAUGACCUGCUGUACGCAGCAGAGAUAUUAGAAAUAGAAUACUUGGAAGAGCAAUGCCUGAAGAUACUGGAGACCAUUCAGUCCUCCGACGAAAACGACGCGGAGGUCAACAUGAACGACGGCGGCGCCGAAGACGACGAAGAACGCAAGGUGAGGCACGGCAGGAACCCAAAAAAGCAUUCCAUGGAGGAGGGCGGCUACGUCUCGGCUGCCCAGCAGGCGCUGGCACUGUCCGGAAUGGUGGAUCAGAGUCCGUCAGUCUCCACCUCCUUCGGUCUCUCCACCCUGAGCCCAACUAAAGCCGCCGUGGACAGCCUAAUGAGCAUCGGCCAGUCCCUCCUGCAGAGCAGCAUGCACCACGGCGUGGGCUCCGAACAGGCCCUGCACGGAAACUCCCACCCAAUGAUGGGAGAGAUCAAGAUGGAGAUGAUGCAAGUAGACGAGAGCGGAGAGCACGACAGCCUCAAAGGCCUGGAGUCCAGCGGCUCCAGCAACGGCGAGCGCAGCGGAGACCAUGACAAGAAUCGUGACGGGCCUGGAACCCCCACCAGGAGCAGUGUGAUCACCAGUGCCCGUGAGCUGCACUAUGUUAGGGAGGAAGGUGUUGGAGACCAGCAGACCGAGGUCAACCAAAUGGGGCUUGAGGCCAUGGCGGGAAUGACUGAAAAACACUUGGCGUCGCUGUAUGGCUUGCCAACCAACCAUAAGAGCGAAGCCAUGCUGUCUAUGCCUGCCUCGAUGGCCUCAUCCUUACACAUGGCACCAGCCCUGGCCAUGUCCAUGGACUUCAGUGCCUACGGGGGGCUGCUGCCUCAGAGCUUCAUCCAAAGGGAGUUCUUCAACAAGCUCGGUGAGUUAGCUGCUGGGAUGAAGCCCGACGGCCGCGGCCAACACGAGCGAUGCAACGUGUGUGGUGCUGAACUUCCUGACAAUGAGUCCAUUGAGCAACAUAGGAAGCUACACAGUGGAAUGAAGACCUACGGUUGUGAGCUUUGUGGCAAACGCUUCCUAGACAGUUUGCGCCUGAGGAUGCACUUGCUGUCUCACUCAGCUGGUGAGAAAGCCAUCGUCUGUGACCAGUGUGGAGCUCAGUUUCAGAAGGAGGAUGCUCUGGAGGCUCACCGACAGAUUCACACAGGAUCAGAUAUGGCCAUCUUCUGUUUGCUGUGUGGGAAACGGUUCCAGACGCAGCCGGCUUUGCAGCAGCAUAUGGAAGUCCACGCAGGCGUGCGCAGCUACAUCUGCAGCGAGUGCAACCGCACGUUUCCCAGCCACACCGCACUCAAGCGUCACCUCCGCUCACAUACAGCAGGUGAUCACCCGUUUGAGUGCGAGUUCUGCGGCAGCUGCUUCAGAGACGAAAGCACGCUGAAGGGACACAAGCGCAUCCACACCGGAGAGAAGCCCUAUGAAUGUAACGGCUGCGGCAAGAAGUUUAGCCUCAAACACCAGCUGGAAACCCACUACCGUGUCCAUACAGGUGAGAAGCCGUUUGAGUGUAAACUGUGCCACCAGCGCUCCAGGGAUUACUCUGCCAUGAUCAAACACCUGCGCACCCAUAACGGAGCCUCGCCGUACCAGUGCACCAUCUGCCUGGAAUACUGCCCCAGCCUCUCCGCCAUGCAGAAGCACAUGAAGGGCCACAAGCCAGAAGACAUCCCCCCAGACUGGAGGAUAGAGAAGACUUACCUGUACCUCUGCUACGUCUGAAAGGGGAGCGGGGAGCCGAAUGGCGGGUUGGGGCGGUGGUGUUGAGCGGGAGGGUGGGAUGGGGGUAACGCCUGCCUGGAUGGCAGGAAGUGUGGAAACACAGUCAGUUUGUCACUGAAGAGGAAAUGCACAGAGAAAGCAAAUGGGCACAUUGGUCGGAAAGCCUGGAUUGGACAGAAUGACAAAGGACUAAAGCAAAGACAGAACGUGAAAAAAAAUCUUACCCUGUCAGUAUCGCAUUCUCGUGAAUCAUUUUGAUGUUUGCUGUACUCAGCAUUGUGUUAUAAGUGUUUGUCUGUUCACACCAUGGAUCAUAUGGGAAGCCGGCAUACCACGUCAGGCAUCGUUUGUUGUCCCAGACAAUGCAAUAUUCUAAUGUCUUAUAUCAGUCAUACUUUAGCUUCGACUGAGAGCGCCUCUUUGAAAGGGCGCCCUCUCCUGGUGUACAGUAGUACGAUACCGUCUCUUCCACCAUAUCCUCUCCUUGUUAAUCUGAUCAGACUGAUCACAGCAGAGGCGAUGAUGCCCAAAAGCACUUAGGUCCGUCAGCACUAAUGCGCCGGUCAGGUUCACCACAGCAAAUACAAACAGUCGUGUACAUCACAGACAUUACAGCGAACUGGGACAUAAGCUUUGUGCAUGUUGAUGAUGCCCAGCUAAACAUUCAGUGGGUAGACCCCUCCCAUAUGAUUCACGCUCAUUAAGGGCUUAUUGGUUUAACCAGCGUACAAAUCAGCUAGCUCUCAAAACUCUGCUCAUCAAUGUCAUUUCACUUUUUUUGCUGUUCUCAUAAUCUCCGGCGUAGUCUCACUGCUUCAUACCGCGUAUUACAAGCGAAAUUCACGAUGACAGUUUUUGUUUGAUGUUUUUAUUCUUGACAUUUUUCAAGCGCCAUGUUUCAAUUUUAUAUAGCUCGUUAUGCACACGGUUUAUGUUCUUCAUAACAUAAACAAAACAUUUUCUAUUUGUUUCAGUCUGUUUUUCGUCACUUCUCAUGUCUCAUAAGUUCACGACCGGUCUGAAAAUCAAUUCACCGCAAUGUAAUCACAAUAGUGGACGUUUGAAAUGAAUAACUCGGCAAUACAUACAGAACAUCCAAUACUGGAUGCUAGACAUCUAAUCAACUAUUGAUGCUGUUGUUAUAGACCAAAAUGAUGACUAAAGCUGCUUAUGUCAGUGGCUUGGAGACAGAACAGCAGUGUGACAUGCGGGGUUUGUUCGCACAUAUCCGAGCGAUCGGUAGCGGAGUUAUCAAAUGUUAUGAAACGCGUCCUGAACGUUUGGUUCCUCUGCUUUUGUCCGUGUUUCCUAUUACAGCUUGAUUUACUUCAGCACAUCGUACUUGAAUUACCUCGUUUUUUGUGACCUCAUGUGCUAGCGUUUAAAAUGUUCCUUUGUUUCUUAGUUUUUGUGUGUUUGAUUGUUCGCUUGCUGUUUGUCUUUCUGCCAUGUCGAGCAGGGGAGAUGCGAAAAGCAGCGUGUGCUUAAGUACUUAAGAAAUUAAGUGCCACGGUUAAGAGAGAUUGUUUGUCUUUCGUUAACGUUUGUAUUAUUUUCUUGUUUUGCAUUAAUCUUACCAAACUUGGUAUUGUUUUUGUUGUUAUUUACUAACCCUGCUUGUUAAAGAGCUCGUGGGUUUGGUCAUUUUCGUAAGCUACCUCUAAGUUGCGUUUAGUUUGGAUGUUUCUCGUUGGCAAAAGCACAUUUUUGCGUUCGCGUUUUGCAUAACGUCAUCUCAUGCUUAUAAGUGUUGUACGUUCAAAUUGGUAAGCAACAAAUAUGAAAGGGUGAGAUUUACUGGAACUGGUAAUAGGAAAAGUGGUGAUAAAGGCAUAACCUUCCCUAUGAAAACCCCCCAUCCCUGUAAACCUUACUUUAAGAGCAGAAAAGAGAUUUUUGAUGCCUUAAUUUCGGGGUCAGAGUUGAUCUGGGAGGUGCGUAUGGAACAAGUGAAGUGUAGUACUUUAAAAAAAAAAAACUUGAAAAUAUGUGAAUAGAAUUGUAGUUUUGUAAUGUGAAAAAAGAAGGUUCACGAUGUUUGAACCGCAAAGAACAGGUCAUAUGCAGCAGUGCAUUGUGCGUUGGACAAUUGGGACUGCAAGUGGUAAUCAGAGAUGAAAGGAAGAAAAAAAAUUAAAUCCUGUCAGUUGACAUGUUUCUUUGUAUGAGUGUAGUCCUGAGCAAGAGCCAACAGAGGCCAUUUGAUAUAUAAAAUUGUGAUAUUUUUGUAUUAAGUGUCAGUCUUUUUCCAUUGGUUGAGGUUGCAGCGGGGCAAAACUUUGUAGUUCUUUUUUUAUAUCAUUAUUCUCUCGUUUGAAUUGUUCGCCUUGCUCCUCUUUGGUAAUGUUGGACCGUGUGUGAUCCUAUAGUGAUAAAUGUUGCUUUCUGGAUGUCAAUACAUUGCAGGUGAAGGACUAAAUCAGCCACAUUCUCCUUUGUGAAAAUAACAACAAAAAAAUUAUGUGACGCCAAUGAUCAAUUACAUUGCACACAAUAUCUCAAACAAUCACGUUGCCAACUUUGUUUUUUUUACUUGAAGUGACUAAAAAAAGAAGGGAUGGUGAAGACGCAUCACAAGAAAUGUAACUGUCGUGUCUUGCCGUUGUUUUCUGGAAAACACUGUGAGUUUGGGGAUCUUUCGCCCCCUGUGAGAAUUAAAAACAAGUAGCUCCAUGAAUAAGGCAGAAAUAUAUAUUUUGUUCUGUAAAUGGAUCAUGUAAACUGAUGUUAAAUGGUAUAAACAGAGUUUGCAAUAUGUGGCAAUACGAGAAAUUAAGUCACAUACCGGUGUCACUGUUCUCUAAAUUGUUUUUGUUUUACUUUUUUUAUUUUUAGCGUGUUUUCACGUAGCGUAUGUUUGAGAGUGCGUGUGUGUACGUGAGAGAUGCACAUUAGUGUCAAAUGUACUAAUUUUGCGAGUCGUGUUCUAUUGCCACUUUUCUCUCAUGGUGAUAAAAAAAAUUGGCAUUGAUAUAGUUCUUCCCUCAAUGUUCUUAUGAUGUUUCUGUAAUAUCUUUGUGCCUAAAUGAAAUUGUUCAACAAAUUGUCCACAUAUAUCUGCUUAGUUUCUGUACUUUCAAAAGAAAAUUAUUGGUGUCUUCAGGGCUCCAGGGGUGUUAUGAUGAUGUCACGAUGAUGUCAGAUUGGAAUAACGUGUCCUUACUUCAAGUUCUCCUACAAGGGGACUAGUCCAAUUGAGGUAAAUGGUAAUUAGCAUUUUUUUAUAAUGAUCAUUUGGUCUGUUUUCAGUGUAUCCACUGGCAGUCGAUCAAAUGCUGUGAUCUUGUAGUGUUUUAUACACAGUUCAAAAAGAAAAGUUUGGUAAACAAGCUUAACAUUCCACAAAUUGGAAUAUGUGUGUUUUUUUACAAUGAAUCUCCUGUUUUGAGGGAAAAAAUCUUUGUUUGAGAAUCAAACUUUCUUUUUUCUCCAUUUUCUUGUUUUCCACUCAGCAACAGGUUUGCUGAAUAAAUGUUUUGACAACAUCCCUGUAACAUUCUGUGGGUUGUCGAUGCAAUUUUACUGCCCCUACUUAACAUGUUUAUUUGUUGGUUAAAGUACUUAUUUUAAAGAAAAACAGUAAGCCAAGUGUCAUCAUUGCAUCCCUGGGGUUGGCUCACUGUGUUCCAGUGUGGUGUUCUAGAAAGAGUAGCCAUUUCAUGCUGUGUUGCCAUGCAUGUGCCAUUGAGGUCGAAACUAAACUGUUUGAGUAACAAAGCACCGAGACAUUGUCUUUUUAUAUAUAUUAGCACUGAGGGACCAAUUGCCCUGUCGGACCAAGCAUAACAAAGCUUUUUAUGUAACAAAGCAGUUUUUCCUGUCUCCCUCUCUCUCUCUCUCUCUCUCUUUCUCUCUCUCUCUCUCGCUCUAUCUCUCUUCCCUCUCUGCCCCGUCUAUCUUCCCUCAUUUCUUUCUGUAAACUCCUCUUUAUCUCCCUCUUCCCUGGCUUGCCUGUUUUUUUAAGUGCCAGUCCAGUUGCUCUUUAAGUUUUGUUUCUGGGGUUUUUGUUUAUGUUCUUGUUGUUAUUUGAAUUGUAGUUACGUCUACCUCAGCACCUAAUCUUAGCCUAAUCUUAGAAGGUGCCCAAUUAUUAUUAUAUUUUUGUUUUGUUUUCUGUUGUCAAAUGUACAAAUGUUAAUUUGCAUUAGAGCUUUGCGACGGUCCUUUUGUCUUUUCCAGCAACUUGCUAUUUUUUGUAGCGCAACGUUCUGGAUGUCGUGCUGCAGAUAUUGGCAUCAGUUUCCUGAUGGAGUAGUCUUUAUUUUGGUGUAGGAUCAGACACAUCUCUUUGUAACAUUUCAGUGUUCUCUGAUGGCGUGUGGAAAAAAAUAAAGAAUUUAAAGAGACUGAAUGCAGCAGGUUUCUUCUCAGUGUUGUCACUAAGUACAUUUUGUGCCUUUAACAGUGAAAAAUAUUUUUUACAUCCUACUAACAGUAGUUGUUUUGUAGUGUUUUUUGUUUUUUUGUAUUUUUUUUAUUUAUGAGUCUCAAAAUAAUGUUCAGUUGUAUUCCUUAAAUCUGCAGUUAGAACAAAAAAAUAAAAAAUGGACAUAA